AACAAAUUUAGGGGAAAACUGGGCGGGAAAUGCGGGAGAAAGAGAAUCGAAGGUGAUGACCUCGUCCAGUGGGGGAGCCGACGAUGCUCCCGAUCUCGUAUGCCAGCUCGACAGCGUUCAGGGCAUGGUCGACGCUCUCUCCUCCGUCCGCUGGAAGCGUCACCAGUCAGGAUGCAGUCGUCGAGCUAUCGGAACACGGCAUCGUCCUCAUCGUGGAGGAGACCGGCUGCCUCCAGGCCAAGGUCUACCUGAAGCGCGAGCUAUUUCUGGUAUAUGAGUAUGCUGCGGAGGGGCGGCCGAGGUUUGGACUGAGUUUGGGGCUGUUCGUCGACUGCCUCAACACAUUUUCUGCGCCUGGGCAUGCCCCUGUGAUCGAAAUCCGGUAUCCUGGUCCUGAUAUGCAGCUCCUUCUUAAGUCGGUGGAUUCCCCUGAUGCUUGCAUUUAUGCGGAGAUUAGAACCAGAAUCCCAGACACCAUAUCCUGGGACUACCACUUCGAACCAACAGGGAAUGUUCCUGUCAGUUUUACUGUUAGGUCUGCUGUGCUGAAAGAAGCAAUUGAUGAUCUCGAAUGGCCAGGUUCCAGCAUCCAGAUACUCCUACAACCAGACCCUCCUUCUGUUACUUUUAGAGCUGAAGGUCAUGGUGAUCUGCAGAUAGAGUUUCCGUACUAUGCCAAUGCUGACCUUUUAAUCGCAUUCCAAUGCGAUCACCAUGUCUCAUACAGGUACAAGUACAAGUUCCUUCGUGCAACAACUUCCAAUAUUCCUAGUAGCGUCAUUAAGGACAAUAGAGGAAGCAAAGUGACAAUUGGGAGAGGUGGGAUGUUGAAGAUCCAGCACCUGGUUUCAGUGGCCAAACAAGGUGUCCAUCACCCUUAUAGUGAUUCUGCUGGUCUUCAGCAGCCUAGCCGUAUUGCUUAUAUCGAGUUCUUUGUAAAACCAGAGGAAGAUGAGGGCCCUAUAAAUGAUUCUUAGGAACCUAACAUGGCUGUCAUGGUGACACUCAUGACAUAUGAUCUACCAAAGGGGUUUUGUAUGCUCAGUUUUCUAGGAAUUCUGUCUCUAAUAACAUAAGUUGUGCAAAUAUUUUAUUAAUAUGCAUUAGAGUAUUAACCUUAUGGAACUUGUAAGAUAUGAAUAUAUUUAGUUGUCCAACACCAGAUCACAUAGUAAAUGUAUUCAUAAAUCUGAAAAUAGUGAAAACAGUAGUUUCAACAAGUAAUCAAUAUAUAUAUUUUUUUGGUU